GCGUUUUCGCUUAUCUUCCUCAUCCCAGCCCAAACCCACGUUUGUUUUUCCUGGACCAGGACCGAUGUGACAAACCCGAGCGGCGAGCGGCAGAGCCGGUGGUCUCUGUUCCCCUUGACAAUGAACAAAUGAACUCUCGGGGAAUGAAAUUUAAAUUCAGAUUUCGCCAGGGAGACAAAGUUCUCUGUUUCGAACCAGACCCGAAAAAGGCCAAAGUUCUCUAUGAUGCGAAGGUCAUUGAUGUCAUUGUUACCAAAGACAAGCGGGGAAGGAGGGUUCCGAAAUACCUGAUCCACUUCAGCGGCUGGAGCCGAAGCUGGGACCGCUGGUCCGCCCAGGAGCGCGUGCUGCCCGACACUGUCCGCACGCGGCGGCUGCAAUGCACACUGGCCCGCAGAGCUCUGGCUCGCAUGAGGAGGAAGGGAUGGAAGAAGCGACGUGGCCGCCUGCCCGCCAUUAACCCUGUGCUGAAACAUCUGUCCGAGGAGAAGCUGGAGAGCCACGAUGCCUCUUUAAUUUCAGCUUCUGAAUACGUGGAAGAGGACAAAUCAGAGGACCAAGAUUCAUUACAAAGUGAAGACAGUUAUACAGUAAUUGAAGACCUGUAUGAAAUGAAGGAAGAACAAGACACCAGCAGCAGAAGGGAAAGCGAGGAGAGAAGUAUCAGCAUUGAGAUCCCCGAUGUUUUAAAGAAGAAGCUAGAAGAUGAUUGCUACUACAUCAAUAAAAAGAAGAAGCUGGUGAAAAUCCCCUGCCAGAUGAACGUGGUGAGCAUCUUGGAGUCCUACGUGAAGCACUUUGCCAUAAACGCGACCUUUUCAGCCGACGAGCGGUACUGGCAUCGGGCGGGGGCUCAUGCGAGUCUCAGCUCCCACUGCGGGCGUCCUGAGAAGAACGAGGAGCUUUGCAAAGAGAUGGUGGACGGUCUGCGGAUCACGUUUGACUUCACUCUUCCCAUGAUCCUCCUGUACCCCUCUGAGCACGCUCAGUUUAAGAAAGUCAGCUCCUCAAAAUUCUUUCUGCCCUCCAGGGAUGCCACUACAAGCCUGAACAGGAUGGCACCAGAAUGUCCUCCCGCCUCCCCCAAACUCGAACCCUCCACCCCCCCCCAGGCGGACAGCCGUCCGCCCCUCAACCAAUCCACCACGCCCAAGCGUCGCCGUGGUGACCGCGACUCCCUGCACUCCCUGCGGCGGUCCGCACGCUGCUCCCCGGGGGGCGACCGGUCUUCCCGAAGUGGUGUCUCCCCGCGACCCAAGCGCCGGCUCGCUGACCGAGCCAUACCGACGAGCAGACUUCCUCUUGGCCAGGAGAAAAAGACCCCGGGUCACAGCGGCUCCUCCUCCCCCCGCCUCGCCGCCUCCCCCAGGAAAGAGGGCAGCUGGUUGAUCUCCAGCCCGGAGAGCAGGAGGAACAACAGGCUCAGCGAGGUGCUGAGUUGGAAACUGACCCCAGAAAACUACCCCCAGAGGGACCGCCCCCCACCGCCAUCCUGCAUGUAUGGCGCCCAACACCUCCUGCGCCUCUUUGUGAAGCUCCCAGAGAUCUUGGGAAAGAUGCACCUUCCCGACAGGAACCUGAGGACCCUGGUCACACACCUGGAGCUCUUUCUGAGGUUUCUGGCGGAGUUCCAUGAUGAUUUCUUUCCCGAGUCCGCGUACGUGUCAACUUCAGAGGCCCACUACAGCAUCCGCGGGCCGUGCGCUGACGUGUGACUGGGCGGACCUCUCUGGGAUGGUGAUCACGUGCGCUCAUCAGCGCGCUCAUCAGUGCGCUCCUGCUGCUUUCCCCUGUGCCUUGCAUCUAGUGACAGGCUUCUUUGACUCUCGGUGUGCUGAUCUCCCCAGGCUGCCGCUCUCCACGCUCUCAGCCAGGCGACUGUAUCAGCUGUGCUCGCGUCCUGGGCCGCAGCGGCGAAGAUCGAGCGCGGGCUGCCCGUUGAGGAGCUUCGACAAGAAGCCCGUCAUCAGAUGCCGGUGCUCUGCGGACACUUGGACACCUCCCUAUGCAACUUCCUGGCUCUGCAGCUCUUCGUCGUACCUCCGUCGCUCUUCCUCGCAUCGCAAAUCUGAGUCUCCUUGCCUCAAGGCAGCGUCGGAGCCCGGCAAGCCUAGCUUCUCUGUAUUUUUUGGCUGUGGAUCUUUCCUUUCCUGGAGAAGCUAAAUUCCCUUUUGAACAGCCCUGAGGCUCUCUAGCGUGGUCUUUGCGAGCUCUUGCUCAGUUCAUCGCUGAUUCCUCAGGCCUGUUUUACCCACACUGCAUUGUUGCUGAGCUUGUGUCAAUACAGCAGUCGCAGAUGCAUGCUAUUAUUAUACUGCUGUACGUUCUCUUAUCGAUAUGUAUGCAACUGACCUCACCGGACAAGGCAUUAUCAAGAUAAAUCAAUUCCCCAAUAAUAUAUGAAAAUAUACAGGGAAACUAGUGCGUAUUCAGGUUAGUUGCAUAAAUAAUUGUACUGAGUGCUGGAGUGAAACUUGCCGCGUUCACGAGUGAAAUAGGUUUCAGCUUUUUCUUCCUUUGAAUUACAGGGUAAAAUGAUGUGUACCGUUUCAAAGCACCUGCUUUAGAACUUUUUAGGGCCUACUUUGUAGAAAUAUUUCAGGGAUCAUUUACGUGAUACAUGGAAAAAUAUUUCAUGCUGAGCCUGGCAGCUCUGUUUUAGUUUGCUACGGUAGUAUUUGUCAAAAGCAUCACAUUUGUAGUUUAAAAGUUAGAUUUUUAUGUUGGU